AUGAGUGACAGGUACAGCUCUCGUCCCCAGAGAUAUGCAAAUGAUGGUAAAGAUUGCAGGAAGCAACAACAGGAAGCAACAGCAGAAAGCAACAACAGGAAGCAACAACAGGAAGCAACAACAGGAAGCAACAGGAGAAAGCAACAAGAGGAAGCAAUAGUAAGCAAAAUCAGGAAGCAACAGCAGAAAGCAUUAGCAGGAAGCAACAAGAAGAAGCAACAGCAGAAGGCAUUAGCAGGAAGCAACAACAGGAAGCAACACCAGGAAGCACCAGCAAGAAGCAACAGCAUGAAGCAACAGCAGGAAGCAACAGCAGGAAGCAUCAGCAAGAAGCAACAAAAGAAAACAAUAGGAAGCAACAACAGUAAGCAAUAG